AUGCCACCAAUUCGCAAUAAAAACGAAAAGAAUUUAGCAGAGCAAGAGGGGCGGAUCUUGUUAGCUAUUUCCGACUUAAAAAAUGGAAAAAUCUCAAGUGUGUAUCAAGCUGCAAUCAUUUACAAUAUUCCUCGGACGACGCUAUAUGACAGAUCUAUAAUACGUGCCAAUGGACAUAAAUUGUCUCAAUUUGAAGAGGAAUCACUUGUCAAAUGGGUACUCGAUCUAGAUAAACGUGGAUUACCCCCUCGGCACUCUCUUGUACGAGAGAUGGCUAAUUACCUUCUUUCACAACGUGGAAAUCAACAGGUUGGAGAGAAAUGGGUCUAUAAUCUCAUUCAACGUCGCCCAGAGAUUGAAUCAAAAUUUUCACGGAAAUAUAAUUACGAGCGUGCUAAAUGCGAAGAUCCGAAGUUAAUCCAAGAAUAUUUUGAUCGCGUACGAGAGGUUAUAUCAAAGUACGGAAUCUUACUAGAAGAUAUCUACAAUUUUGAUGAGACUGGCUUUGCUAUGGGACUCUGUGCAACCGCAAAGGUUAUUACUGGAAGCGAUCGAUAUGCUCGGCCAAAGCUAUUACAGCCUGGAAAUCGAGAAUGGGUGACUGCAAUUGAGGUAAUUAAUUCAACUGGAUGGGCCCUGCCUUCAUAUAUCAUUUUCAAGGCAAAGAAAUAUACUUGGUUAGGCUGGUUUGAGGAUCUUCCUGAUGACUGGAGAAUCAAUAUCAGUGAUAAUGGUGGACUACAGAUAAGAUUGGGUUAG